UGCAAGCGUCGUCAGGCAGGCCGGGUACAAUAACAAACGGGCAGGUAGGUACAGGGGGUCAGGCAGAGAAUGGUCGGGGUCACAAGCCAGGGAUCAGAACAGCGAGAAGUCAGACAGUCAGAGGAUACCAGAACAAGCAGGGUCAGCAACAAGACAGGAACAGAUGCAGGAACAAAGAUACAGGCCCAGGAAAAACGACACACCAAGGCAGAGUCUGCGCAGGUCUUGGCCAUCCCUUAAAUACACCAGCAUAAGCAGUUUCAGGUGUUUGGGCUGGCUGCAAGGUUGAGUUCUCUGAUUGCUUGGAGCACCCGCUGGCCAGCCCUGGUACUACUGCAGCCCAUAAGGCAGUGAGUCCCAACCAUUGCUGGCCAGGAUCCAUUCCUGACAGUGA